CAGGUCGAGUAUGCCUUCAAGGCCAUCAAUUCGGGCCAACUCACAUCGAUAGGAAUCCGCGGAAAGGACAGCUGCUGUGUGGUGACGCAAAAGAAGAUUCCCGAUAAGCUGAUAGACCCCGCAUCAGUCACUAACAUGUACUCCAUCUCAAAGAAUGUGGGCUGCGUUAUGACCGGUAUUGCAGCGGACUCGAGAGCGCAGGUGCAAAGGGCUCGGUGA